GUAAAUGACGUCGCAAACAAUUUAAAUGUACAUAUACGAAGUUUUGUUUAAAAAAAUUGAAAAAUGAUCAAUUAGAUAGCGUUUUUUCAAGACAUUUGUAAAGUACAACAGAAAAUUAUAAUAUCAAUAAUAUACGUACUUAACGAAAAAAGAUGGAAAACAAUUCGAAAGAAAAGAUAAUUAUUGCUGUGGAUAAGGAUCAUCCUUGUCUUAAGGAAAAAAAAGAUGUGGAACGAGAAAAGAGCGAAGAGAUGAGUUUGUGGUCUUCUGGCAGCGACCCAAGGUUUCAACAGCAAAAUCAGACACAGAGAUGCUUUGUGAUGUAUACUGAUUUUUAUCGCUGUGAGCACAUUCUAGGGAAAGAUACUCACGCGUGCAAAUGGUUCAAAGAUGUUUUCACAUCUGUAUGUCCAAGUUUCUGGGUGCAACAGUGGGACGAACUCAGACUCACAGGCCGUUUAGCUUGGCAUAAAUACAGAACUCAAGGUACUUUUCCCGGUAGCAAAUACGGCGAAUAAAUUUAAAUUUUGAAUAAAAUCCAAACAUUUUUGGUUAAUAUUGCAAGAAAUCACUUAAUAUAUUUUAAUCACCGUAUGUAAAAAACUUAUUUAAAAAUAUCAGUAACUGUUCCGCAAAGAAAAUUUGUAAAAGAAUUGUAGCAGGAAAAAGAGGGAAAUUUAUAGAGUAUAAUACACAUUCGAAGUAAAAAAAAAUAUAUCUUUUAUUAUAUACAGGUACAUUGAUUUUAUAUCAUAAUGUAACUUUUAUAUCGAAGUAUGAAAAAAAAAAAAAAAAAAAAACUGAUGUAAGUCGUCCAUUGAUGAUUUGUGUACGUUGCUGAUCUGUCUUCUCUUGCAGAACUCAACUCUCUUCUUACAGACAACGAAUUGCUCUGUUCUUUUUUUCCCACACUAUUAAUUGCUUGGAGUUUUUUUGACACUUUUUCUUACAAUAUUUGUAAAAAUUGUACACUCGCAGAAGAUGGUCUCUUUAUAGACCGAGAUAAUACCGUUUUUAAACUUUCAUAGUAGUAUAGCGCAAGUUAAAAAAAAAAAAAAA